AUGGAGACCACACCCUUGAAUUCUCAGAAGGAGCUGUCAGCAUGUAAGGAUGGAGAGGAUUGCCAGGAAAAUGGAGUCCUACAGAAGGGUGUCCCUGUCCCAGGGGAUAAAGCAGAGUCCAGCCAAAUAUCUAACGGGUACUCAUCAGUUCCAAACCCUGGUGCAGAAGAUGACAGUCGGCACUCUAUCUCAGCUGCCACCACCACCCUAGUGGCUGAGGUUCAUCAGGGUGAACGGGAGACCUGGGGCAAGAAGAUGGAUUUCCUCCUCUCAGUUAUUGGCUAUGCUGUGGACCUGGGCAACGUCUGGCGCUUUCCCUACAUCUGUUACCAGAAUGGAGGGGGGGCGUUCCUCCUCCCCUACACCAUCAUGGCCAUUUUUGGGGGCAUCCCACUCUUUUACAUGGAGCUCGCUCUGGGUCAGUACCACCGAAAUGGAUGCAUUUCCAUAUGGAGGAAAAUCUGCCCAAUUUUCAAAGGGAUUGGUUACGCCAUCUGCAUCAUUGCCUUUUACAUCGCCUCCUACUACAACACCAUCAUGGCCUGGGCACUCUACUACCUCAUCUCCUCCUUCACGGACCGGCUGCCCUGGACCAGCUGCAAGAACUCCUGGAACACUGGCAACUGCACCAACUACUUCUCCAAGGACAACAUCACCUGGACACUUCACUCCACGUCACCUGCUGAAGAAUUUUACAUGCGCCAUGUCCUACAGAUCCACCGGUCAAAGGGACUCCAGGACCUGGGGGCCAUCAGCUGGCAGCUUGCCCUCUGCAUCAUGCUCAUCUUUACUGUUAUCUACUUCAGCAUCUGGAAAGGCGUCAGAACGUCUGGCAAGGUGGUGUGGGUGACAGCCACCUUCCCUUACAUCAUCCUUUCUAUCCUGCUGGUGAGGGGGGCCACCCUCCCUGGGGCCUGGAGGGGUGUUGUCUUCUACUUGAAACCCAACUGGCAGAAACUCCUGGAGACAGGGGUGUGGGUGGAUGCUGCUGCCCAGAUCUUCUUCUCUCUUGGUCCGGGCUUUGGGGUUCUACUGGCUUUUGCUAGCUACAACAAAUUCAACAACAACUGUUACCAAGAUGCCCUGGUGACCAGUGUGGUGAACUGCAUGACUAGCUUCGUUUCGGGAUUUGUCAUCUUCACGGUGCUUGGGUAUAUGGCUGAGAUGAGGAAUGAAGAUGUGUCUGAGGUGGCCAGAGAUGCAGGCCCCAGCCUCCUCUUCAUCACGUAUGCAGAAGCCAUAGCCAACAUGCCAGCGUCCACUUUCUUUGCCAUCAUUUUCUUCCUGAUGUUGAUCACUCUGGGCUUGGACAGCACGUUUGCAGGCUUGGAGGGGGUGAUCACAGCUGUGCUGGAUGAGUUUCCGCACAUCUGGGCCAAGCGCCGGGAAUGGUUUGUGCUCGCCGUGGUCAUUACCUGCUUCUUUGGAUCCCUGAUUACCCUGACUUUUGGAGGGGCCUACGUGGUGAAGCUGCUGGAGGAGUACGCCACGGGCCCUGCGGUGCUCACCGUCGUGCUCAUAGAAGCCAUUGCUGUGUCUUGGUUCUAUGGCAUCACUCAGUUCUGCAGUGACGUGAAGGAAAUGCUUGGCUUCAGCCCAGGAUGGUUUUGGAGGAUCUGCUGGGUAACCGUCAGUCCUUUGUUUCUCCUGUUCAUCAUUUGCAGCUUUUUGAUGAGCCCACCACAGCUACGACUUUUCCAAUAUAAUUAUCCCCACUGGAGUGUCAUCCUGGGUUACUGCAUAGGAACUUCAUCUUUCAUCUGCAUCCCCACCUAUAUAACUUAUAGGCUGAUCAUCACACCAGGGACAUUUAAAGAGCGUAUUAUUAAAAGUAUUACUCCAGAAACACCCACAGAGGUUCCCUGUGGGGACAUCCGCUUGAAUGCUGUGUAG